AUGUCCAGCAACAUCGCAGACAUACAGUUUGUCAAAUACCUCACCAUCGACCCUGGACUAUACCAUGUUGACGUCAUGUGUCUCGCGCCAGUCUUGAUCUCUAUGUUACCACCUCUACCGCCUGGUGACUGGAACCAAGGCCGUAUAUCACGAGACACUUCAACUGGGCGUCCUCAUUUCGCCAAUGUCACGAAGGCACAGCUCCCCGGAGUAACGAAUCUAUGGCAUCCGCUCCGGGUAGAUCACCUGGACCUUGGAAUAGGGAAAAAACUUUGCUCAAACGUCUACGAAGCCACGUACUCUCGAUUCAACGCGCCAAUUGUAGCAAAAUUCGCACGAUUCGAUUGGGAGAUAUCGAAAACCGAGGCCGAGACAACUGCAAAUGAAUGGAUUGAUGACCUUGGAAUCGCCCCAAAAUUUGUGGGACACUUGACUGAGGAGGGCAGAGUCAUUGGCUUCCUCAUGGAACGAAUCACGGGUUUCAGACAUGCCACGCCGGAAGAUCUCACUUUGUGUCAGCAGGCAUUGUCGAGACUACAUGGCCUGGGAAUCAAGCAUGGAGACAUCAAUAAGCACAACAUCCUCAUCCGCGACGGACAAGCGACUCUCAUUGAUUUCGAUAGCUCGAAACGGUGCAGCGAUGUGAAGGAGUUGAAGGAGGAGUUUCGCAUGCUAGAGAAAGAGCUUAAAGACACUUCCUGA